AGCGGAGCGCGGAGCCGGAGGGAGAGAAGGAGGGACCGGCCGCCGGCGGCGGGGACAGGCGUGGGCAGCGGCGGCGGCGGCGGCGACAGCGCGAGGGCUCUAGCUCGGGUCUCUCUCUCUCCCCCUCGGUCUCCCCGCCUGCCCGGCGCCCAGGGGCCGGCAUGUCGGCCGUGGCCUGCGUGGAUUACUUCGCCGCCGAGUGCCUGGUGUCCAUCUCCACGGGUGCCGUGGUGCACCCGGCGGCCCUGCCCCGGCCCGAGCCCCCGCCCCCGGCCCCACCAGCCCCGGAUCCGCCGGCCCCGGGUGACUGCAGCCGUGAGGACCUGGAAGUGCGCGAGGCUCUGCAGGCGGCCGCGGCGCGCGGGGGCUCCCCGGCCCCGGGCCCCGGCCCCGCCGAGCCCCCCAACUUGCUGGCGGUGGCCAACAUCCUGACGGACCUGCGCGGGCCGCGCCCCGCCUCGGCUCACUCGGAGAGCGGCAGCAGCACCUCCUCGUCGUCCUCGUCCUGUUCCUGCAACGGGGACCCCGACGGCGCCCCCCCGGCCGGCCCGCCCGCCCCCACGGCCGCCGCCCACGCCGCCUCCCGCCGCUGCCACAGCCCUUCGCCGCCCAGCAAGCGCCACCCGUGCCGCUUCGAGGGCUGCUGCAAAGUUUACGGGAAGUCCUCCCACCUCAAGGCGCACAUGCGGACGCACACAGGUGAGCGUCCCUUUCCCUGCACGUGGUUGGGCUGCAUCAAGAAGUUUGCGCGUUCGGACGAGCUGGCCCGGCACUACCGGACACACACCGGCGAGAAGCGCUUCUCCUGCCCCAUCUGCACCAAGCGUUUCAUGAGGAGCGACCACCUGACCAAGCAUGCCCGUCGCCACCCCACCUUCCACCCCAGCAUGAUCAAGCGCCAGGGGGCCCGCAGCGUCUCCCCCAGCGACUCGCUGGCCUCCGCCCCCUGCAGCCUGGCGGGCAGCCCCAGUCCCAGCCCCGCGCCCAGCCCCGCUGCCUUCCUCUAGGGGGAAGAGCCCAGGAAGCUGCUGCCACUGCCCCAAUCUUCCACCGCUCCCUCACCCCCCUCGGGCCUCUGCAGAGCCACCCCCCGGACCUUCUGACUCUCCUCAAGUUGGCUGCCUCCCCAGACGGAGGGGCUCCCGGGCCCUCCCGGGCACAGACUGGGACACAAGGACCUUCCUUCCUUCCCCCGGGGCCACGUGAUUUUAUAUUUUUAACCACCGAGCUGAUGGGAGGGGGGUGGGGGGGGGUGUAUUGGACCACUGGGGACUGGGACAGAGAAUAGCACCAGCAUUUGCCUGGGGGGCUGCCCCCUGGGGUCUCUGCCAUCCAUUUGGGCCAUCUUUGCCCCAGGGAUUCCCUGAGGGGUGAGGGUGUGUGGGUGGUUGGAGGGAGGGGGACAGCAAAGCUUAGAGCCCCAGUUGUCAGCAUCCUUAAGGACUCUCCUCCCUUCCCUGUGGAGGGAAAGGGCUCUGGGAUUGAAGUUUUAGGGUCAGAAUUCUUGGGCCUCUGUGAAUAUUCUUUUUUUUUUUCCUUUUUAAACCUGUGGAGGCUCCACGGACUCUUCCUAAGGCGAGCCCUAAGCAGAGCACACAUCCCAGGGUGGGGGCAGAGGGGCACCCCCGCACCCGGGCCUUGAAGGCAGCUGGCAACAUUGGAGACAGAAAAUAAUGCUUUCUAUUUCUGUACAUAGUGAUGAUGAUGAUGAUUAUUAUUAAUAAUAUUUUUUUUUAAUAUUGAUUAAAUGUGGAAUCCAGGUUUGAUGA